CUUCGGGAUCGUUGCUAUAUAUUUCGGUGCUGGAGCUAAUGCUUGGGUGGUAACUCGGAGAGUGUGAUCAGCUCCCGUGCUCGUUCAUGGCGUGCAUGAAGUUGGGUUCCAAGCCUGAGGCCUUCCACCUCGAUGGCAACUCCUGGAUUUGCUCAACAGGGUUACCGAGUGAUGUUGUAAUUGAAGUUGGAGACACAUCCUUCCAUUUACAUAAGUUUCCCUUGCUAUCUAGAAGUGGGUUAUUGGAGAGUCUUAUCGGAGAAUGCUCCAGAGAUGAUGAGCAGAAAUGCACAGUGCAUCUCAACGAUAUACCUGGUGGUGCCAAAACCUUCCUUCUCGUGGCGAAAUUCUGUUAUGGCGUCAAACUUGAGCUCACCGCAACAAAUGUGAUUGGUAUUAGAUGUGCGGCCGAGUAUCUCCGGAUGAAUGAAGACUAUGGAGAUGCAAACCUCAUAGCACAAACCGAGAAUUUCAUGAAUGAGGUCUUCGGAAGCUGGUCUGACUCGAUCAAAGCGCUAGAAACCUGUGAGGAGGUCCUGACACAAGCAGAAGAGCUUCAUAUCGUUUCACGAUGCAUCAAUUCCUUGGCAAUGAAAGCCUGUGCAGACCCGAGCCUGUUUAGUGGGCCAGCUUCCUCUCAUAGCGGAUCAGAAAGUCCGGCCGGUGCUGCAUCCUGGAAUGGAAUAGGUGCGGCUGGCAAGGCAGACUCUGUUGGCGAGGAUUGGUGGUACGAGGAUGCCUGCAUCCUCAAGUUACCAUUUUAUAGAAGGCUGAUUCUAGCCAUUGGAAACAGGGGCAUGAAGCCAGAGAAGGUUGCUGGUUCGGUCAUGCGCUAUGCAGUGAGGCACCUGCCGUUGAUGCGCAGGCAGUCGAGCGCAACCCACUCAACUGUUUCAUCAUCAUCUGAAGCGGAUCAAAAGAAUGUUCUCGAGCAAAUAGUUGAGUUACUCCCCUACCAAAAGGCCGUCUUUCCUACCAAUUUCCUGCUUCAACUUCUGAGGACAUCCAUGAUCUUACAUGCUGGAUCGUUGUGUCGAGAGAAUUUGGAGAGGCGCAUCGGGGCACAAUUAGAGCAAGCCCUCCUCGAAGACCUCCUAAUACCAAACAUGGGUUGUUCGGUGGAGACGCUCUAUGACAUUGAUUGUGUUCAACGGAUCCUAGAUCACUACAUCGGGGAAGAACGCGACGUGAAUUAUCCUAACGCAAAUUGUGUGGAAGGACAGCUGAUGGAAGGUUCUCACGCCUUGACUCCGAUGACGAUGGUCGCAAAUUUGGUGGACAGUUAUCUUUCUGAGGUGGCGCCCGAUGUUAACUUGAAGCUGCUGAAAUUUCAGUCGCUUGCUGCUGUCAUCCCUGAUUAUGCCAGGCCACUGGAUGACGGUAUCUACCGUGCAAUCGACAUAUAUCUCAAGGCACAUCCCUGGCUUACGGACUCAGAAAGAGAACAACUAUGCCGGCUAAUGAACUGUCAGAAGCUCUCGCUCGAAGCCAGCACGCACGCUGCCCAAAAUGAGCGGCUUCCUCUUAGGGUGAUUGUACAAGUUCUUUUCUUUGAGCAACUCCGUCUCCGCACUUCAAUGGCUGGCUGGUUCUUUGUGUCCGACAACCUCGGCGCCUCGCAGAACCCAAGUUGCAACCUCGUGCUCGCGAGGACCGAAGCCCCAAACCCAGCAACUACAACCCAACAAUUGGUCGUGGCAGCCGAUGACGUGAAGGAGAGGGUUUGCGAGCUCGAGAAGGAGUGCUUGAGCAUGAAGCAGGACCUGGAGAAGCUGGUGAAGACGAGGGGGAGCUGGAACAUCCUCUUCAGGAGAUUAGCUUUCCGACUCAAGUCGAGAUCUCCAAAACUGCCAAAGCCAUCCAAUGAUGCCAAAGAUUCGGAGACGCCAACAGCACCUCUGAUUGACGGCAAAGAAAACCAUUGCAACGCCAACAAGGAAGAGCUGUCGAAGAUUUAGUUGAUGAUGUUUGAAGAAACUUCUCUAUUGAGUCGUGCCUUUCUCCCUCUUUUCCGUAUAUCGUUGUCAUCAGUUAAACCUGUUAGUGUGCGGCCCUUGAUUUAGUUCUAUCCUCAAGUUUCUAUUAUGGUCAGUCUAGAUCUGUUUUGCUUUGUUCUCUUAUGGAAGCAAAAGGUGCACGUUACCUUAUGGUUAUUUCAAUUGUUCCUGUAACUAGAAUGUCUGCAUGAGAGAAAAUGCUUACGAUCACAAUAUCUGCAAUAUGAUAUUAGACAUUUUAGAACC